GCUCGUCUCCUCACAUUUCACAACAUCAUCUUUGUUGUUCACCAUGAUGACGAAGACCUCCCUCCGAUUGCUUCCUCUCCUGCUCUUGACGGUAUUAUCCAUCUGUCAAGCCUUUCUCCCCCUACUACAAUAUCCAAACAGAAUCUCCACUACUACUACUACUAUUAGUAGACGCUUUUCGUUCGAAGACGACUGGUUGGAAGACGACGACGAGGAUCACGACAUUUACUGGUUGGAAGACUUUGCCGCCGAAAAUGAAGAUCAAUCAUUAGGGGAAGCCAUUGGAGCAGGAGAAGCCGUUGUUUGCAUCCCGGAUGUGGCUUCUCGAGAAGAAACGUUGGAUCUGUUUCAAGCUGGGUUGAAUGCCGUGGCACGGCGCGACGAACCGGCGGCACGUGGACGCAGUCGAUUCAGUGUCUCCGACCCGGAAGCCUUUUCGUCGGACGUGGUCUUGCUCUGCGAUGAAAUACUCUGUCGGGUACUCGAUCAUCUCGAUGACACGAUUCCAUCCAUCUUUGAAACACUC